GGCAUGUUGGCGGGGCUAAAUUUUGCUUGCUUGAAACAAAGAAAGAAAGAGCCUAUCGUGCUCCGAUCGUCGUCGAUCCAUCCAAGAAACAAACCAAGACACGCAGGGCCGGCGAGGAAGGAAAGGAAGGAAGUGAUGGCAUCGUUCGGCGAGGCGCCGGCGGGCAACGCGGCGAGCGGCGAGAAGAUCUUCAAGACCAAGUGCGCGCAGUGCCACACGGUGGAGCGCGGCGGCGCCCACAAGCAGGGGCCCAACCUCAGCGGCCUCUUCGGCCGCCAGUCCGGCACCACCGCCGGCUACGCCUACUCCACCGCCAACAAGAGCAUGGCCGUCGUCUGGGAGGAGAACACCCUCUACGACUACCUCCUCAACCCAAAGAAGUACAUCCCUGGGACCAAGAUGGUGUUCCCGGGCCUCAAGAAGCCGCAGGAGCGCGCCGACCUCAUCGCAUACCUCAAGAAAUCCACCGCUUAAUAAUUAUCACCUUCAUUCUCCUAAUUCCAUCAUCUCAAGUACAGUACCGCAAGCAAACAAGAAGAAACUAGCUGUCUGCUGCAUGCAGUAUAUAUGUUUAUGUACAAUAUAUCGAUUGAUUCAUCCAUGUGUACGUGUCCAUGUAAUUAAAAAGUUGAUCCAUUUUA